UCCAGGCUAACUCCCCUGCUACCAGUUUCAAAAGAACACAAUUAUCUCCAACCCCCACCAGCAACAAAACCUGCUAUUGCCACUAAGCUCACGGUGUUUACAAGAAGAACCCUGGCACCCUGCUGAGUCCCUCAGUUAACCUUCUACACUUCUCACGUUGACACAGUGUGUCCACCAUAGCAAAGCAAGUCAGCAAAGGGGAUGUGAUGACGGCAGGGAAGAGGAAGCCUUUGUGGCCUGGAAGAGGGGAGGGAGGCACAAGGGGCGUGGGCAGCUUCCAGAUCCCCCCAAGAGCACCUAGAGCAUGAAGCCCUGCAACACUGAGAUUUCAGUCUGUCUGAGCGGGUUCCCGCUGGCCCGGGGCUCCCCAAGAAGGUCAAGUGACCGAGCUGAAGCAGGGGUCAGGUGAUGGUGGUAUGGAGGGAAGCCCCCCAGCUUUGGACAGAGUGUCACCAGUGUCCCAGAAGGCCCCGAAGCAGAGAAGGGAACCCUGGACUCACCCCACCCACAGGUCUGCAGGUCCGCUGACUACCCCUGUGACGAGUCCUGGGUCCACCGUGCAGAAGAGUGACCAGGCAGAACUUAAAGUACACACUCAAAGAAGCAGCAUGACUGCAGAGAAAGGAGAGGGACAGUUACAGCCAGGGCUGGGCGUGUUUAUGGGGACCGGGGGGCUGGAAAUCCGAAGAGCUUGUGCGUCUGUGGGCAGAGGAGUUGGACUGCAGAUGGAAGGCGCGCUCUUCCUGCCAGAGGGCUGUGCCCCACGCCACUCUAUGCCACACGGGCGGACAGCAAGCCACUGCCCUGCUGGAACAUGCAGCUCCCGGCGAUCCCACACCCGGCACGGAGAGAGCGUCCAUCCCGGGAGGCAGGAGGAGAGCCAUAAGUCACCUCAUGAGGUGAUCGACGUGUCGCCUGGCUACCAACUGGUUCGGAAUCGAGAGCGAAUCUCUGUCACCUUGGGCGAUGAGAUGUUCAGUGGAGAAAAGCAGUACUACCCCGAGGGCGCAGACAGAGUCGACAUUCCCAGGGCCAGUAUCAUUUGUGACCUUGAAGAGCAGAUCUUGGAACUGACCACAAUAAUAGAACAAAUGAACAGAGACCACCAGGCUGCCCGGAGAUUGCUCUGCGAUGAGAUGGAACAGCGCUGUGACAUAAUGAAGCGGAACUUUGAGAACAAGACCAGGGAGCUCAGAGUGGCUCACAAGGAGGAGCUCAGUGAGUUAGAGAACAACUACAGAGAAGCCCUGAAGGCCGAGAAAUCAGCAGCCCAAGGGAAACUAGAGGAGAUGCAGAAGGAAUACAAGUACUUGAGGAACAUGUUCUAUCUGUACCAGGAUACCAUUCACGAUGAAAUGGAAGACAAGUGGUCCAAGCGGAAGGCAGAGUGGGAGGAGGACGAGAAGAUGGAGCGGGAGAAGAUCCUGCUUCAGCAGAAAUACAAGAUGACAAAGAAGUUUGAGUUAGAGUCAGAAGAAGAAAAGAGGAGAAUGAGUGAAUCCUACAGUGCGACCUUUGAGAGCUUUGUGCGCGAGAAGGAGGAGCUCUUGAGACAACAUGAAAGGGACGCCGUGCAAUUACAAGAGUUGAGGAAGACCAAAGAGAUCAUAGAGGAAGAGUUGCAUGCACAAGCCCUUAUUCUAGAGUCACUCAACACAAACCUCUACCAAACCCAGCUGGAGCUCCAGAAAGAGAAAGCUGCAGUGGGAAACCUAGAAAAAGUGCUGCAGAACAAGCUUGCCGAAGUUGAAGAAAAGUACAAGUACACCAUUCAGAAUCUCACAGAAGAAAACAGUCACCUAAGGUCGACUUUCCUGAGGGUUUGGUACUUUCCACGUUAAUGAUUUACCCUUAGAUGCAGCUGCUUCUGGCUCCUAUGUGAAAUCAACCUCAGAUGUACUGUUACCUGAAGAUAUAUCUGAAAUCAUCCAAGGGAAAAUUGGGCCAUACUGUACUAAAGGAAACCUAUUCAUUGAAUUGAUUCAGUAGAAAAUCCCUCAUGGGGAAUGUAAAGUAGUACAGUCACUAUGUAAAUCAGUAUUGAGUUUCUUCAUAAAAGUAAAAAUAGAGAUACGAUUUCAUGCA